AUGAACUUAUCGCUUGAGAUUCCUCAUGCGCCGCAAAUUUUCUUAGAGCGUGAACAAGCUGAAGUCGAAAUUAGCAUUGACAUUGACGCAACCCGUUUGCAAGAAGAAAUCUACGAAAUUGUCUUGACAGGAACGAUCACCAAUAAAUUGGCAGAUGGCAAAGUUGUGUUUUUGAUUGAAGCGCAGCAAGCA